AUGUCGUAUCUUCCUGCUGUGUCCCGCCGUGCGGCGAUGGCGCUGCGUGCGGCGCCUGUGCGCGCGCGUAUGCUUUCGAGCACUGCGCGCGUGGCCGAUGAGGCAGCCUCGCCCAAGAUUACCGGCAUUGUCGACAACAUCGAGAAGCUGACGCUCCUCGAGGCGUCCGAGCUCGUGCAGGCGCUCAAGACGCGCCUGAAUAUCACAGACAUUGCGAUGCCCGCUGCGGCGGCGGCCCCGGCUGCCGCUCCGGCCGCGGAAGAGGCCGAGCCCGAGGCGGAGAAGCCGAAGGAAAAGACGCUCUUCACCAUCCGCUUCGCUGGCCUCGGCGCCGAUACCGCCAAAGCCAAGGUCAUCAAGGAAAUUAAGGCGAUUAACAGCACUAUGAACCUGGUCGAGGCGAAGAAGUUUGUCGAGUCGGCGCCACAGACGCUCAAGGAGAACGUCACCAAGGAGGACGCCGAAAAGAUCAAGGCCGCGAUCGAGGCCGCCGGCGGCAAGGUCGAGCUCGCCUAA